GGGAGAAUCAAUAUCACCGCCAUCGGAUUCUUCCCUGUUUCUCCUCCCUUAUUAUUAUUAUUCCGUGUAUGCAUAAGAAAUUUCUUCAAUUUUAGAUCUUUCGGUUCAACAAUGUCGAAGUCUCCAUGGGCAAACAUUGGCACAUGGGCUGCUGAAACGGAGCGGGCUGAAGCUGAGGAGCGCGAACAAGCCGUCGCUGCAGCUGCGGCGGCUCCUGCUGGCAACGUUACCGGCGGGGACUCUCAAAACUUCCCGAGCCUCAAGGAGGCUAACACCGCGAAACCGAAGAAGAAAGCUGUUGCCAAGAUGUCGUUGCAGGAGUUCACGACAUACGACGCCUAUGGCUCUGGCGGUACUGGUAGACGCUUGACGCACGAAGAGAUGCUCCAUCUUCCUACGGGUCCCAGAGAGCGCUCCGCGGAGGAAAUGCAAUCUGGUCGGCUUGGUGGAGGCUUCUCAAACUACGGGAACAGGUUCACGGGCCAGCAAUCGGGUAGGAGCCGAGAUCGUGAUGUCGAUGGUGAAGGUCCCUGGGCGAACAGUCGGAGGUCUUAUGGCGGUAUCGAUGAUGAUCGUAGAGGUCCACCAUCUAGGUCUUCGGAUUUCGAUCAACCCUCCCGAGCUGAUGAGGUUGAUAACUGGGCUUCAGCGAAGAAACCCUUACAGUCGUAUGAUUCCGAUUUGACUGCUGCUCCAGGCGCUCGUUCAAGGUAUGCUAUGCUCGGAGCAGGAGGUGGUUCCUCAAGGGCUGAUGGCGUUGAUAAUUGGGGAGCUUCAAAGAAACCUAUUGCUCCUCCACCCGCCAGAUCUUCCACCUUUGGUUCGGAGUUCAGAGACUCAAGGUCUGAAGCUGAUCGCUGGACACGGGGUGUUGUUAGUCAGAGAUUGGUUUUAGAUUCGCCUAAGAGUGAACUUGGAACUGACAAUGUGAUCGAGGUUCCUGUAAAGGUGAACAAACCCAACCCAUUUGGGGCAGCCAGGCCUAGGGAGGAAGUGCUGGCUGAGAAAGGUCUGGACUGGAAAAAAAUAGAUGGCGAGAUUGAGGCAAAGAAGGUUAGUAGUCGCCCAACAAGCUCACAGUCGAGUAGGCCUGGAAGCUCUCAGUCUGCCCGUUCUGAGGGACAGAUAUUGCAGGGUAUGGUAGAAGGGGGUAUAAAGCCGAAGGUCAAGGUAAAUCCAUUUGGGGAUGCGAAGCCUAGAGAGGUUUUGCUAGAAGAAAAGGGUCUUGAUUGGAGGAAGAUUGACUUGGAGUUGGAGCAUGGCCGCAUUAACAGGCCGGAGACAGAUGAGGAAAAGAAUUUGAAAAAAGAAAUAGAACUGCUUAAAAAAGAAGCGUGUCAAACCCCCGGUGAAGAUGACCAGGGAAGCAUAAUCCAUGAUGAACUGAUAAAUAAAAAAGAAAGGGAAUUGGAACUGCUGAUCCGGGAAUUGGAUGACAAAGUUCGUUUUGGUGAAAAAGACGGUGAGAGGCCAGGGUCAUCAUCAAACAGAGUUACUGAGAGACCCCCAUCCCGGCCAGGAUCUGUUGAUGAACACAGAAGUGGUGAGUUCAUGGAUGGUCGGCGGCCUAGAUCGCGUGGUACCGGAGGAGAUGCUUUGUAUGGCCGAGUUGAUGACAGAAGAAGAUCACUGCUGCAGCAGCAGCAAGGUGGUGGUAGGCCAGGUGAUGACAGAAGAGGUACAGCCCAAGGUGCUUUUCCUACAGAGGACACAAGAGGUUUUCAAGGUGCUGCUCGGUCAAGUGGUGGUAGGGAUAGAAGAUUUCAUGGUAACAGGAACAUGGAAAGGUCAAGAUCUGAUGACAGAUGGUAAACUUCAAACUGCUGUGGAUUCUUUGCUCUGACUGAUUAUUGGAAGAUAAUAAUUUUUGUCAUCUUUUGUUUAAUCGAAUCUUAAGUUUUGCUGUGAGAAUUGGAGCUAAAAUUACCUAGUAUUAGCGCCAAGUACAUUAAUUCCUGCACCUCGUCACUUUUGUAAAAUUGCAUUUCCCCUACUACCCUUUUCGUCUCGUCUCAGAUAACUUAGACAGGGAACACUGUUUUGUUUGCUUGGUUCGAAAGACUACUGUAAUGAACAUUCUGCCUAGAUGGCUGCUAUCUUUUUGCUUGUUUCCUGCACCAUCUCAGUGACACUCCAUUUCCCACCCUUUUAAAGUUAUUUGACC